UUUUAUUUGUAUAUUUAUACACAACCGGAGUAACCGCCACCGAGCCAGCAAGGAGUAAACACGGUUUGGGGGUGCCACUGGUCAGGCGUUCUUCGCCAUUGCAACUUCGCAGAGCUAGGUCACGCUUCAGUGUUUCUCUUCGAUCAUCUCAUCGACGGAAUCGGGUUGAACCGGAGGUUCCAAAUGAAGGGUAAUACAAGCACUGAUGCUGCUUCGGAACAUUCGCCUGGUAGUCCCUUUCAUCAUUGCAUUUCUUCAUACUCCAGGAACUACAUAGAGGAAGAGUCUCUUGGUAGAGGAGGUGGUGGGAAAGUCAAAAGAUGUCAGCAUAAACUUGAUGAGAAGCACUAUGCAGUGAAAAUUAUACCUUACAACGAAGACAAAGAAGCUGAAGCACUCAAUGAGCUGAAGAUCCUGUCAACCUUUCAGCAUACCAAUGUUGUUCGUUACUACUAUUCCUGGAAAGAAGAAUUUGUGGUCGAUUCAGCAUCUUCAGAUUCAGCUUCGAGCUCGAGUUCCAAUCUUGCUUAUAACAGAACCUUAUACGUAGCAAUGGAGCUUUGUCAACGCACACUAAGAGCAGCUUUCCAGGAGAAUAGGGAUUUCAGUCCAGAAGAUACAGAAAGGAUGCUCAAAGAAAUGGCAGAGAGCUUAAAGUGUAUCCAUGACAAAAAUGUUAUUCACUGUGAUAUAGCAGCGGAUAACAUUUUCUUGGACUUUGGAGGGAAAGCAAUGAUAGGAGACUUUGGAUUGGCUGAGUUUUUGAAAGAUGGAAAGAGUUCGAUUGAGUGCGAAGCUAGAGGCAAAGUGUUAUAUCAUGCUCCAGAGCUGAGCACUGAAGGUGAAAAGAGAAUGGUGAAUUUCACCAAAGCAACUGACAUAUAUGCCCUUGGUCUUGUGAUGCUCGAACUGCUCUUUCCUUCAGAAACAUAUAUGGGAACUAAAAACUUGUUUGAUGAAGCCAAAAAAGAUACUUUCCCUGAGAAAAAUGACAAAGUAUCCGAACUCCAAUAUGAUACAAUACAGAGGAUGUUGUCCUUGAAUGCAGAUGAUCGUCCCACGGCUUUGCAGGUUCUCAAUGCACUUUCUUGAGGUAACCGUAAUCCUUUCAAAGUCCAUUGAUUUCAGUUUGCUCCUGUAUGUCGUCUUCUUUUCUUAGUUACUUUUCAAAUUUCCCAUUGUUCUGUCUUAUUUCUUAAUUGGUGCCUUUUUGUCUUCAGAAGUUUAGAGACUAUUUUCGUGCCAUUUUUUUUUUUAAUUUCCUUAAUGUUAGAACCAUUGAUAAAUUUCUGCUGUGUUAUUACAACCUUGUUGUUACAUAUAAUCGUUUGUAGCAUUCUUCUUUUGGGAACGUAAUAUUCAUGUUAUAUUACACUUGGCUUGAGUAUUUUUAAGGUACAUGUAUAUCUUCCUUUUGGUCUCACAGCUGAACUGAUGACUAGUUAUCAUUUAGAUGGAAACAUUUCCUCCAUCUUUUCUUAAGCUUCCAUAGGAUUUCUUUCAUUUGUGAGAAUACUGAGAUGAAGAACAGUAAUUACAUUAUUAAUAUAUUCCUUUUUCAUGAGUAUAAAGCGCGGGCUGAAUUUCUUCUCUGAUUCUCUGAUGGUUACUGGGGAGAGUGGGUGCACAAUUGCCAAUAUUGACAAUUCUACGUGCUCAGUUUAUUUCUGUAUGAACUUUUACUUUGAGUUGUAAUGUCUGCUGACCUUAACUGACGGAGUUUCUGCCUUUUCAACCACUUUCACGCUUUUUGAAAUUGUUAAUCUCUUGCUUUUUCUCUGUUGUAAUGGCUGAAAAAGCUCCUACUUGUGCAAUUGACCUUUUAUCAUCUUCCUCCUAUGAUUCCUGAUACUAGGAUUUUUGGCCGUGGAAAAUUUGUUGCAGUUUUGGACUGCUUAUCAAAUGCAUCUUCCUUCCGUUCCAUGGUCAUCAUUGUACGUAAUGUUACGAGGGUGUCUACAUGUUAUGUAUAUUUCUUGUAAUCUUUUGUACACAACUGGUUAUUAGUUUGGAGAGAUAGGAUUUUGUGAUCUUCAAAAUGUUACGCGACAGAAGUAAUAUACAUAAGUUACUAAGAUUUAGCGUGUUUCUUCUAUUCACUCUCACACAUAUACACAGAACCCUGACCUCUUAUGUUUCAGGAUUUUCAUAGUCUUUAUGUUUCAGGAUUUUCUUAGUCAAGAGGCUAAAUAUGUGUUUAUUUAUUAGUCAUGCAUAACGUGGCCAAUCAUGUAGCACUAAUUUUGAACCCUGAGGAGAAAAAUGAAGGCCCAUAAAUUACUUUAACUGAAUAAGAGUACAUCCUCGUAAAACUCUUGGAUGCGUAUCAGUUAAAAUGGCUUUGUACUUUGAAGCCAUGGUUUGCUUUAGUUUUCUCGAAUGGAUGGGUUUGAUUUUGCUAUGAGUAUCUCUGGAUUCAUGAUACAUCGUUUACUUUGUAUCCAUUAUCAUAGAGCACAAAACCUUGUGUACGGUUUUCCAUAGCACCAAACCUUGUAGGGGUCUAAAUUCUCUUGAUCUCCUGGAAGCGUCUAGCGACACAUAAUCUAGAUAGAUUAUUUAAAAUAUGGGUUUAUGUGGAUUAUUCAUCAGCAUGGCAUUUUAUCUUGUGAUGGAAGUUUAAUGCAUAACAUGUUAGUUGGUUGUUAUUGUUCAGCAAAACCACGUUGUUUACAAGAUCUUUAUGUGCAAGUGGUUUUAGGAUUUUUGUUUUUUUGAUGCGUGGUUUAGGUUUUUUGUUUUUGGGAUGCUUAUCAUUGUCAAAUCUGUUUAAGCUUAAUAUGUAAUCUGGUUUAGUUUGUUACAUUGGGUUGCUGCUAGGAGGUUGUUGAGAUGUGUGAAAUCUUCUUGAUAAAGUAUUCCAUUAGGUCCUUCCAAGUACGUCUCCAUUAGGUCCUUCCAAGUACGUCUAGCCCUUGCUACUUCGAUUUGGAAAAGUGAUAUAAAAGUUCCACCUUGUUCACCUCUAUGUUUGCUGUAUCUUAUGCCAACUGUUUUGCCGUUACCUGCCCAUGGACAUCAGAAUAUCAUGUCACUGGGAAAUUAUUCGUGUUGGGAUCUGUAUAUCUGUUUUCAAUUCUUAGUGUGCUACGUACUAGCAGCCAAGUGUUUGCAAUUUUCGAGUUUAGUUCCUCCGUUUAUUGAUUUUUUAACUUUCUAUACAACUGCAAAUAUACAGGUAUUUACUUCAGGAGAUUCAGAAGCUGUCUGGGGUACUUAAGCAGAUUUAGAAGCUGACAAGGAUGCUACAAAUUUCUUUAGGUGUUUUGAAGACAUCGCAGGAAGCAUUAGAUUGAACAGUUGACAAGCAAUACAUGCUUUUUACAGAAGUUCUGGUGCAUGUACAUAUUCAGCUUAUAAUUGCUAGUUUUUUGCUCCUUUGUUAGAUCGAUAAUAUACAUACGAAAAGGGUUUCUCCCUAAUUUUAGAGAUGAUGAUUGUCAUCCAUCCCUGGGCAAGGAAUGAGUUUAAGUCUUUGUUUUUACUCUGUAGGCUUGUGAAGCCAUGGAAGUGCAUAUAUUAUGAUAAACUGCAUUACCUUUAGAUCGUAUCAAAUGAUAGACGCUAAGCUAUCCAUUUCUAAGCCAUUCUUGAGAGAGACAGAGAGAGACGGAGCUAUACAUUUCUAUGUGAUUGUUAAAAUGCAUUACCGUUCUGGGAAAUAACAUAUGAAAUGUCAGCUUGAGG